UGCUCUCAGUUGUGUCAAGCUAGGCGAUCGAGUAGGACGCUCUUUAAUCGUUCCCGCCUCCGAGUUACUCUCUCACGUACACACACACCGCCUCACACACACACUCCCACACACACUUCUCUCCUUCUCUCUUUCUCUGGAACACCCCGUGCAGGUCGGUCCGAACCGCGGCAACGAACCAGCUCUUCGAAAGCCAACGCGACAUCACACAGUAACACACGUGCACACAGACAGACACACACGCGCGCCCGACCGAUAUCUGUCAUAUCUAACUCCGUGCUUCUCUCUACCCCGUAUAUCUCCAGCAGAGUUAGUUCCACUGCGAUACGUCUCUUAAGUUCGUCCUCUCUACGAUUCGACACGUCGCAUCGUCGUCGUACGUUCCUGUCUCUCUCGAAAACGGUGUCCACCUGGUCCUCCACCGAUCGGCCGUCGUUGUCCGGUGUAUUAUAUCCUCUGCCUCCCUCUUUCUCACUGUUUACGCCUGCCCGUGUCGCUGGCCACGCGCGCGUGCCAGCCGGCCGAGAGAUCUCACGCGGACCAGCCCUAAACGCUCAGUGUGAAAACGGUCGACACGUGAUACGCCGUGUGCACGAGAGCCCCAUAGAGGCUACUUUGGUCUCCCUCCCUUCAGUGUGUCGAGAAACGAGUUUGAGCAACGACAGCAACGUAGAGAGAGAGAGAGAGAGAGAGAGAGAGAAAGAGAAAGAGAGUGAGAGAGAGAGAGAGAGAGAGAAAGAGCAAAGCCAGCUGUCACAGAGUGGCACAUGCAUGCACCGGCUCUUUGAUCACAGUCUCACUGCCCUCUCCCACUGUCCGACCGUGUGUGUGUGUCUGUGUGUGUCGAACGGGAGUCCCCGUGCUACGAGCAUCGGCCAGCGAAGGAAUCGGUCGGAGCGAAAGAAGGGGAGAAAGAGAUAAGGCUUCCUCGUAUUUGCCGGCCGUGUGUACGAGUUUCAAGGUCGCACACGUUCAAUCGCCGGAGACCUCCCUCGUCGGUGUGCUACCAAGUCGAACGAAGAUAGAAAGAGAAAGGGAGAAGGAGCCGGUGAAUCUGGAGCAGGAGGAUCAUUUAAAGCGGAGCGGCGAGAAGAGGCCGGCGAAGCUUGGCAAGAGGUGGGGGCUCGCGGGAAGAAUCGCGAGGCUGGGAUAGAGAAUUAUAUUUUUAUUUGCCGCGGCUGGCCGCGAUUCGUCGGUACUAGAGAACGCUGUUGUUAGUCGUUCGGGCGUUAGACGUGGCUUACGCGUCUAUAAAGAGAGACUACCUUAUAGUAAAAAGAAAAAAAGAAUAAAACGUGCUGUAUAGCUAGAAACCGCGAGGGAGAUUCGGAUAAAUAUAAUAAGUAUAGUCCCUCUUAGAAGUAAACACGAAUCUGUGUUUGUCCCUAUGUAUAAGUAAAAAUUAGGCUAUUUAAGUAACGUAACGUAUAUAAAGAGAUGGUCGCGCGUGAAUAAUGAGCGACCGAUCGCACUAAAGAGAAUCGCGUCAAGACAAUCAAGCACAGUAGCAGGUUGGACGUAACCGAGAGGAAUUCUAACGACAUUUUCAAAAGGGAAAGGUGGGAAGGAACGGCAACCACGUGCGGUUCCUCCUCCUCCUCGUCCGCGUGCGAGUCUAGCCGGUUGAAAGAGAGUAAACGAGUAUUCGUGUCUUCAUGUGAUCUCCAGCCUCUGUACUACUUCCGUACACGCUCUACGUACAUAUAUUAUUCUACAUAGAUAUUUAUGUAUAUAUACUUCUACAUAUAUAUAUAUAUACACAUACGAAAAAUAUAUAUAUAUAUAUUAUAUAUAUUUACACUUAUAUAUACAUACGUUUAUAUGUAUACACCCUUCGCACAUAUCCGAUCGUUGGGCCGCGCCAGCUGAUCCGCACCGGAAGUAGAGCAAGGCCCGACCGUGUUUCUUCCCUGUCUGCCCCUAUUUCAAGGGGCGUCCUCUCGUCAAUCUUCGUGACAAUCAUUUUUUCAGCUAGCUCUCUUAGCUAAAGUGUCUGUUUUUAAGGAAAGAAAAGAAGGAACAAUCACGAAUCCACGUAUGUACCUACGACGUUUCAAUUAACGUGCGAGCGAACCGUGCGAGAGCCCCUCUACCCCCACACCCGUCGAAAAAAGAAAGAAAAGAAAGGUACGCUCUGCCCUCUGCAUGUAUAUGCGCGUAUGCAUGCGCCUGAAUCGCGUGGCCGUGUCACUUCACCUGUUUUUAUCUUUGCUCGGUGCACAGACCUACUUGCCCUAGCUCUAACUCGCUCACACACUUUGACAAUCAUCGUAUAUCUAACAGAGCGGUCGCUCGUCUAGACUAAACCGCACACUAUCGCUCUAGGCUUAAACCAACGUCUUCUGAGUCUCUCUGUAUGCGUGUCACCGGUCGUAUGUGUGUCUAGUACAAUAAGGACCGCGUUUAAUCUGAUGUACGCGCGUGUUAGCUCUUAAGGUGUACCAGUUAGGCUCUCUGACGUCUCACGUCCGGACGACUAUACCUAAAUUGAAUUAACCGAAAUUCGAAUCGGGGCAAGAUCUCUCUAAGAAGAUUUCAAGGAACUUGGCUGGCCUCGCGGUUCGAUCUCCGCGCCGAGUUCGAGCUCGAACUCGCGGGAGGAGUCGAAAAUUGAUUUGAAGAGGGAUCGAGCGGCAAUCGGCCAAACUGUGGUGGCCGUCGUGCGAGUUGGGCCGAACGAGCAAGACGGAAGCUCGGUAUCAUCAGCCGUCGUUGGAACGCGGCUGGGCCGGUGAGGAACAACGAGGCAGGUUUUUCUGGAGAUUGCACUCGUUGGGCGGCCAAGGCUUGUUCAUACCCUCGGCGACGGGGAACGGGAAGUGUUGGCUAGCGGAGACGAUAGGCGCCGACGAGGCACGUUCCUCCAUCACCACGUAUUUUCAUUCGUACCCGUUUGUCCCGGGUGGUGCGGUGUCCCUGCCUCCGCCCCUGCUGAACAGCAUCAACAACGCGGCGGCAGCAGCGAUCACCCCCGGCCUGGUAGGACACCUCUUCGCCGGCCAGCAAGCCUGCAACAUUGGCUGCAGCUGCACCUGCACGAAUAUCGCCAAUUGCAAUCCGCACCACCAACAACACCAUCACCAUCAGCAUCAGCAGCAGCACCACCACCAUCAUCAGCAACAACAACAGCAUCAUCAUCGUCCCAUCGCUGCCACUACGGUCCUCCUGCAACCGGUUGAACACAUCAAAGACACCAUGGUGAGUGUCCCGGAAUUCCAGUACGCUCGAGGGACGGGCGCGUCCCUUACGAUGAGGGGUAGCGACGAGCUUCUGUCGCAAAGCGGAGCAGUUAGCAAUGGUGCUGCAAUGAGUCCACAACCACAUCACGCGGCCGACAACAACAAUGACGCCAAGAAGGUUAAACUCGACAAGAGCCACAACGGCAAACUUUCGAGGGUUAUCCACAUCAGAAACAUCCCCAACGAAGUAUCAGAGGGUGAAAUCAUCCAUCUUGGCGUCCCCUUCGGCCGUGUUACAAACGUUCUCGUCCUCAAAGGCAAAAAUCAGGCGUUCCUGGAAAUGGCGGAUGAAAAUGCUGCCGCGACGAUGGUAAAUUACUAUGCCUCGUGUAUGGCUCAGCUCCGUGGCAGGGCAGUUUACGUUCAAUUCAGCAACCAUAGAGAACUCAAAACCGAUCAAACGCACACCAACAAUGCGAACUCGAACAACCAAGUUGCGCUUCCUGGACAGAACCAGGUGGCCCAGACGCAAGCAGAAACCCAAGGGGGGCCCAAUACCGUUCUCAGAGUCAUCGUCGAGCAGAUGGUCUACCCAAUUUCCUUGGACGUCCUCUAUCAGAUAUUCACGCGUUUCGGCAAGGUCCUCAAGAUCGUCACCUUCACGAAAAACAACACUUUCCAGGCACUAAUACAGUACGCGGACAUGCUGUCGGCGCAAACCGCCAAACUGUCGCUGGAGGGUCAGAACAUCUAUAAUUCCUGUUGCACGUUGCGCAUCGACUAUAGCAAGAUGCAGAACUUGAACGUGAAGUAUAACAAUGACAAGUCGAGAGAUUAUACCAAUCCUUCUCUGCCAACUGGUGACGCGAAUUUGGACGCGGCUUCUCUUGCUUUGGGCGGCGAGCUUCUUCCACAGUUGUUAAUGGGCGCUGGAUCGCAGCCCCGUGCAAGAAUACCCGUAGAGUCCAUUGCAGGGGCACCGGGUGUGCUGCCCACGCCCUUUGCGGCCAUGCACGGUCUACCCUCGCCCUUAGCGGGCCCAUACAACGGGGUCCCACCUACCGGCGGAUUGGCUGGCUUAGGUGGGUUCCCUCUGGGUGCAGCUGGUCUUGGAGUACGCGUUCCUACAAACGCGCAAACUUCCGCGGUCCUGCUCGUCAGCAAUCUCAACGAAGAGAUGGUCACGCCUGACGCUCUCUUUACCCUGUUUGGCGUUUACGGGGAUGUUCAGCGUGUGAAGAUUCUCUACAACAAGAAGGACUCGGCACUGAUUCAAAUGGCCGAACCGCAUCAGGCGCACUUAGCAUUGACACACAUGGACAAAUUGCGAGUAUUUGGCAAGCAGAUCAAGGUAAUGCUGAGCAAACAUCAGACGGUACAGUUACCAAAGGAGGGCCAACCAGACGCUGGAUUGACGAAAGAUUAUACCAAUAGUCCUCUUCAUCGGUUCAAGAAACCGGGCUCUAAGAACUAUCAGAAUAUCUAUCCACCGAGCUCCACUCUGCAUUUAUCGAAUAUUCCUACAACUGUGACUGAAGACGAGAUCAGGGAUGCGUUCACCAAAAAUGGCUUCACCGUGAAGGCGUUCAAGUUCUUCCCAAAAGACAGAAAAAUGGCGCUCAUACAGAUGCCCAGCAUGGACGACGCCGUAGCUGCUUUGAUCAAAAUGCACAACUACCAGCUGAGCGAAUCCAACCACCUGAGAGUGUCAUUUUCCAAGAGCAACAUCUAACAAGAAUCACAAAUAUGCAACCGGCAGUGGUACCAGCCCUACGCCCUAGUCCCCUUUUGGAUACCCGGCUCAGUGUACGACUGAUGAUGAUAACAAGCGAUGAUGAUGAUCCUCGCUGAGUGUGUGGUCAGUCGCUGGUCCCAUUACCGCGAAGCCAUUGACUGGCCAACCUCUGGAUCUUACCUGGGAACCGAAGGAAUGAAGCUUCCUCUGCGAAGCAGAUAUACAAAACACGACCUAACAAUUGUGUGCGGUGCACUUCUAUUUUUCUUGACAGACCGUCUCUAAGACUAUUUCCGAACAGCGUACAGAUCGACACGAUUUGUUAUCUCCAUACAUGCUCACACACACACACACACACACACACACACACACACACACACACACACACACACACACACACACACACACACACACACA